UAAACUCACCUCGAGGUGAGUGGAGAGUGACGUGGAGGGGUGAUGUGGAGAGUGGCUAUUUAAAACUAGCGUUAAAUACUAAAAGAGGCGUUCAAAGAUGUAAAACACAACAUUAGCAAAUUCAUUAAAUCUUUUAAUAUGUUUUUAUUGUAUGUAAUUAAGGAUAUGUAGUAAGAUGAGACUCAUUACUCUUUACAGCUAAUUAAUUAAACAUUUUCCCCACCGAACGACUCACACGCCCUCGUGUGUCAAAUUUUAAGUACUACACGUACCUCCAGUAGUGCUCUGUACUCAAGCCUGCCAGAAGAAUGAACUGAAGACCACUCAAGCACAUGAGUUGGAAUAAUUCCUGGGUUGCAUAAGUUAAACCUUUUUCUUCUGGUUCUUUUGUUUUUACAAUGUUCGGAUCGACUUCGGCUCUUCUCUCUAGAAACAGAACAGCAAGCCAUUUCUCCAAAAAUGACACUGUUGCUGUUCCGGGGAACUCCACCAGUGCUCCUCUGUAUGAAUGGGAGUACUACUUGGAUUAUCUUGAUCCUGUUUUUGUGGAUGAGAGCCAGCUGAAAUACCAUAAAUACUCAAUUGUCAUAAUACUCUGGGUAUCUCUGGCUGCUUUUGUGGGAUUUCUCUUUCUCAUUUUGAACCUAAUGUCUCUCAGUGUGGAGUUGCCAAAGAUAAACAAAUCUAAAAUCCAGCGUCAACACAAAACCUCAGCAGCUUCACCACUGGCUGAUACUGGAGAUGGCUCCGAUGGCUGUUUGGAUCCUUGUUGAUUUGGAUGCUUUUUGUCUUUUGUGCUGGGUUCUGGUCACCAAGGUGACGUGAGACA